AUGGAGUCUCAAGAAACGCUCUCGUCACCGCGCUCUUCUGAAGAUUUGGAUCUCUUGGAGCGUAGCACUAAGAGGUCUAAACGGGCGACGAUGACUGAUGAUCAACGAUUGAUGCCGAGCCAGGAGAUUGUCAUGGUGCAAGAGACGCCGGAGGGUGGCAUGGAGGCUGGUUUUUCCACGAACCCGACGAUGGAGGCAUGCGGAGAGAUCGUCCCAUCGGCACAGACGGAACCACCGCGACCGCCGGUAGAUCAACGAAGAUCGUAUAUGGAUAGUCUGAUGGGGAGGACUGGGGCCGAUCCAACCAGACUAGACGACCAGGAAGAACCAAGCCAAACCCACGAUGAGCUGAUCGAAGAAGAAAACGAUGAUCCUCUGUGCCCGACCAUUCGUCUGACUAAGGAGGAGGUGGAGAAGAUACGUGCGCCAUGGCGGAAGUCUAUGAUUCUGAAGGUGUUGGGGAGACGUGUGGGAUAUGCCUACAUGCUUAGGAGGCUCACGUCCAUGUGGAAACCGAAAAGUAGCAUGGACCUAAUUGCACUGCCAAACGACUACUUCCUGGUAAGGUUUGGAUCCAUUGAUGAUCUUGAGUUUGCUUUGUUUGAAGGUCCCUGGGUGGUCUUAGACCACUACUUGAUCGUGAAGCCGUGGGAGCCCGACUUCGAUCCGAUGAACGAUGCUACGAAGAAGAUGGUAGUGUGGGCGCGGAUUCCGUGCAUUCCAAUGGAGUAUUACGACUAUAUUUUCCUCCGGAAGUUGGGGAGAAGGAUUGGAAGAGCUGUUCGAGUGGAUCAGGCCACCAGCAUGGGAUCGAGAGGGAUGUUUGCAAGGAUAUGUGUGGAGAUCGACAUGCGCAAACCUAUCAUCUCUAAGUUUACUUACGAGGGGAAGACAAGACAUGUGGCUUAUGAGGGACUGCACCUAAUCUGUUUCUCAUGCGGCCUUUAUGGCCAUGCGAAGGAGAAUUGUCCGCUGCUGAAAAAGGCAGGCCGAGGGCAAGAGGAGGAUGGGGAGGCAAGAGCUGAGGCUGAACACGAUAAUACAGAUCAUACACAUGCAGAUGGGGCGCGUACGGGACUGAAAGAGGCCGAGGAUCCAAAAAUCCCGUUCGGAACGUGGAUGAUUGCCCCACAAAGACGUGGACGCCCGCCGGCGGCAGGCUCGAUCAAAAAUGCGAAGGUGGGCAAUGGCCGAGGGGGGGGGGGGGGGAAAUAUUGGCGGACAUAG